CUAGGUUUUUCCACAGGAAGUUUGUUAAGUGUGUUAGAUAUACUCAUCUCUAGAUGAAACUUACUGAUAAAUAUUAAAAUUAUUAAUAUUUAGAGGACAUUUGUAAUUUUCUAUAUCUAUAGGAAUAACAGAUAUUUCAUUUGUGAAGUGUUUGAGCUUGCUGAAUGUCAUGACCUUGUCCCAAAUUUAUUUAAAUGUUGUGUUCGCUGACAAAUUCUGUGCAAAUCAUGCAUGAUAAAACUAUGCAAAAUGAGUAAAAAUUCAAAAAGGAAUAAAUUGCAAUCUGAAGUAAAUACAUUGGAGAUGGAGGAGUGUAAUAUAACACCAAAAAUAGAACGACAAACCAGUGCUGAAUAUGCCAGAAAUAUGGAUACAGCACAGUACGUGACACUUGAAAAUGUUUCUUCUAAUGAAAUUAAUGUUGGUCAUGGUGUGCUGGCACCAAAAUGUAAAAAGCAUAUCUGUACUAGUAUGUCCCUUUGGGCCAAGACCCAACAACUACCACCAGAAUACCUGAAACAAAUAGAGACAAUCUAUGCCACACAGUUUCCCAUAGAGGUCCGUCAUUAUUUUGCAGAAUGGAUAGAAGAACAGCCAUGGAGUCAGGUAGAUGAAAACAACAGCCAGCAUGAACAGUAUGCUGUUCAGCUACUCGUCAACCUGGUACAACUUAUACAAGACAAGUCGGAUGAGCUUCCUACAACAGGGGAAUAUUUCUUACUCAAGUUACGUUUCCAAAAUGUGAUAGACCAGUUACGAGAAAAAUAUGAGCCUUCACCAUUAGCAUUUGUUAAAGUUGUAAAAAGUUGUCUGAAUUUAGAAGAAGCUCUAGUAAACCAGGCAGAAAAUCCUUCACUAGUUAUAGAAGAUCCAACAGUUCAGCAACUGGCAACUAACAAACAGAUAUCUAAAGACAUAGAAACACUUCAGACAUGGACUUCGGUGACAGACACAGAAAUUAAACAGCUACAAGAUAAACAGGAAGCCUUGAUUAUACAGUGGAAAAAUUCACCACAAAUUACAGCACAACUUGGCAAUGCCGUACAACAGUUACAACAAAAAUUGGAGUUUGUUAAAACUCAGAUCCAGCAAACGCAACAAGGAGGGGGAGAUAAUCAUGCUGAGUUAGAGAAACUGAGGAAUGAAAAAGAUGAGCUAAUGACCAGGGAAAAAGAUAUGUCAGCACAGCUUAAAAAUGUUCAGACAGAAUUAGCAGCCAAGGCUCAAGAAGUUAUAGAACUUCGUUCGACUUUACUUACCAAAUAUAAGAAAUCCUUCCUGUUUUUGGAAGAUGUACAAAAAAAGGUGAUUGAUGUAGAGUUGAUUGCAUGGAAACGUAAACAACAGUUGUCAGGGAAUGGUGCACCAAUAGAGGAGAAACUUCUAGACAGGCUACAGUCUUGGAGUGAAAGCUUGGCAGAAAUCAUUUGGAAGAGUCGACAACAGAUUUUACAGUUUGAAGUAUUACGUACUCGUCUCCCAUUGAACACCUCAGCAGAGAACCAGUCUGACAUAUUACCAGAUUUGAAUCAGAAGAUUACAGCACUAUUGUCAUCUUUAGUUACCAGUACAUUUGUGGUUGAACAUCAGCCUCCUCAAGUGUUGAAGAAAGAAUCCAGGUUCACUGCCAAGAUUAGAUUGUUGGUAGGAGGGAAACUGAACAUCCACAUGAAUCCACCUACAGUGAAAGCUUCAAUAAUCAGUGAGGAACAGGCACGGGGAUUACUGAAGAGUGAUGUAACAGCUAAAGAUGCUGAUAGUGGGGACAUAUUGAAUAAAGAAGGAACAAUGGAGUAUCAUGAUGGAAAAGGAGAACUAAGUAUACAGUUCAGGAAUAUGCAACUCAAGAAGAUUAAAAGAGCAGAUAAAAAAGGAACAGAAGCUGUAACAGAAGAAAAGUUUUGUAUCCUGUUCCAAUCUGAUUUUCAGCUUGGCAUUAAUGGUGAACUGAUGUUUCAGGUUUGGACAUUAUCACUUCCUGUUGUUGUAACAGUCCAUGGAAACCAAGAAUGCAAUGCCCUAGCAACAGUGUUAUGGGACAACCAGUUUGCUGAGCCAGUAAUUAUUAGUAGUUUUCAAAAGAAUGGAAGAACACCAUUCCAAGUUCCUAGUCAGGUGUCAUGGACAUUAAUGUCACAGCUCCUUAACACUAAAUUUCAGUCAGUGACAGGGAGAGGACUCUGUGCAGAAAACCUUAAAUAUCUGGCAUCAAAAGUGUUUGGAGGAAAACCAACAGAUGAAUAUUCAAAUCACAACAUAAAUUGGUCAUUAUUUAAUAAGGAUACUUUACCAGGGAGAAGUUUUACCUUCUGGGAAUGGUUUUAUGCUGUUAUGAGAUUAACUAAAGAUCACCUGAAAAAUCUUUGGUGUGAUAAAACAAUAAUUGGCUUUGUCAGUAAACAACAGGCUCAAGAAUGGUUACAGAUGAGGCCAGUUGGAACCUUUCUCUGUCGAUUUUCUGAUUCAGAGUUAGGUGGUGUUACUAUUGCAUGGUCAGCUGAGGACCCAAAGUCACCUGGUGAAAGACAAGUGUGGAAUUUGGCACCAUAUGGUACAAAAGAGAUUAACAUACGUACACUUGCUGACAGAAUCAAAGAUCUUCCACAGCUUACGCACUUGUUCCCAGACAUACCAAAAGAUCAAGCCUUCAGUAAAUAUUACACAACAGAUACAUUGCCAGAUAUUAAAGACCCGGAGGGCUAUAUAAAAACCCACCUGAUCAACACUCUCACUACACCUGGUGCUGCACCUAUGAACUAUGAUAACCCUUCAACACCUCAAGCCAUUGGUUACAGUGGUCCAGACUCUCCAGCCAGUAUAUACAGUCAACCUAUCUCAACACCAGGAUCAAAUGUAACCAGUACUAAUAACAAUUUAAUGGAUCUUGGUGCAAUAGCUGAAGCGAGUGAAGAUGACAUGCUGGAUGCAUUCAUUAGCCUUGACUAUAAUGCUGAUAAUCUGAAUGACAUGAGUCUCAUGGAAAUAUUGCCUAGUAUGAUGGCUAAUAAUUAAAAUUAUAAAUAUGUUGUCAUUGUUAUUACAUGUAUAUCAAUAAUCAAAAUUGGAAGGUAACCAAGGUUGAUUUGAUAACAGUGACAUAAUAUACUCUAACAAAAAGAAAUAUAUACAGCAAUUAAUGAAUGUUAUAAGAAUGUUGAAUCAUUGACAACCUACGUAUUAUUGUUUGUUGAAUUAAUGUCAUAUCAGUUCCUCUUGUAAAAUAUUACCAAAAAAAUAUACAAUAACUGUCGUUAUUAUUGUAUUGUUCAGCUAUUCUUAUUUUCAAAUUUAUUUAAGACGACCAUUCAAAAAAUGUCUGUUUCCCCUCAUCCCAGGUCAUGGUUUUAAAUCAGACCAGGCAGGUAUGUUAAGUCCUCUUAAGAUAACUCAAUUUCAAGCCAGACUGUGGUUUCAAAUUGCUGAUACUUCAGAUGAGAUUUUGUGAAUUUUGGAGCAUUUGAAUGUAAAAUUGUGAAUAAUAUUUGAAUAUCUUGUUACCUGAAAUGUGGUGCCAAAAUGGAUUAAGGUGCAUUUUUUCAUUCCAAAAUUUUGCUACUGUUUCUUUUUAUCCUAGAUUUUUAUUAUGAUAUGACUGAGACAUAUUGACAAAAGAAAAGAAAAGAAUACUAGGUUACUAAAAUAUAAAGAAUAAUGGCCAGGCAAAGAAAUAAAGAAUGGAGAAAAAGACCCAAAAAUGUUUUAAAGACACCCAGAAAUUAAGACUCAACAUCCUCUUUUAUUUGUGAAGAUCAGAACAUAGAACAAUUUAAUUUCAUCAAACAUUUAUUUUGGACUAAAUAUUAAAUCUCUAUUAACAGUAAAUUCACACAGUAGGUUAUUAAAAUCAAUCAAUAUAUGAUAAUGUCAUAAAUUACAUGAGGUACUAAAUAAAUAUGUCUAAAACAAUUGUGUAUUAAAAUUUUAUUCUGUAUGAUGUCUGUACUUGGUAAAUACUUAAACAAUGUUUAUUUUGUGUAAAUACUUAUACAUUGUUUUACCUUGAAAUAAGAAAAUACAAAGCUUGUUUGUAUGUUGGCACUGAAGUUGGAGUAUUGAGUUAUUGGUAUUUUAUUUAUUGCUUAAAACAAGGAUUUAUAUAGUAAGACUUGCAACCUAAAUCCUCGUUUAAAACAAUACAAAAAUAAUGCAGUGACUAUUUUUAUGCCCCCGCCGUAGCGGUUGGGGCAUUAAGUUUUACCCUUGUCCGUAUGUACGUACGUACGUAUGUCUGUACGUACGUCCCAAAAUUGGUUUCCGUUCUCUAACUUGUUUUAACUGGUUAUGGUACAUAAAGAUAUAUGAAACAAAGAAAUAUAGGCCACGACUAUAUGGUCCUUUUGUACUCUGUUUCUUUGUUAGGCUUUGCCUUUUCACAAAACUAAAUAUCCAUCAAUGAAUGGCGAAAAAUUUAAUCGUUACAAUAUAAGAAGAAUUAAUCACUUUUUCAAAGUGCAGUUUGAAUUCAUUUCUUCAUGUUGUCAACUGUUGAAAAAAUCAGCCUAUUGUUAAAGAAAGGCAGUUGUUAAUAUAAAUCAGAUUUGGUGUAAUAAGAACAUUCUUAUCCACCAAUUCAAAUGAUUGACUUUCUGUUUCACAAGAAGUUUAAGAAUUCAAACAGCUAAUAGAUAAUUUUGUCAGCUGUUUGAAGAGAGGAAUUCAAUAAUAACUUGAAAUUUUCUGUGUCCUUAGUUUUAUGGAAAUGGCAUAACUAUUUGGAUUUGUACAGUAAAUCCAAAAGGAGGUGCUGAUAUCAUUUGUGGAUUCUGUAAUAGACCUGCUUAGUUUUUAAUGAUUAGAUAAGUACCACCAUGACAGAAAAUGACUGUAUCAUAGUAAGACAAUCUGAUUUGAAGGUUGCUUUCACUUUGUUAUAUUUGCAUUGGUAAUACAUAUAUCCUUAUUAUUUUUACACUGUCCAUUUCUUCUGAAGUCAUUGAUUGAAAAAAAUGGUUUUAAAGUAGUUAUUAAAGAAGAGUCUAUAAUUAUAUAUUUGAACUUUUAAUAUUUUAUCCGUAUUAGUCAUUGUAUAUAAAUGUAAAAGAAGAAAGCACAAUACAAGUUUUUAUGUAUAUUAAUGUAAAAGAAGAAAGCAUAAUACAAGUUUUUAAGUAUUAAUGGAGGAGAUAUGAUAAGGUUAUUGUUUAGGUAUUAUAAAUAUGUCAGAAAAUAUUUUUAUUGGAAAUACUUGCUUUGAUAACCUAAAUGAACAUACAUAUAGGAUUUAAAGAAGCUUUUAUAAUAUUUUAUUGCUAAAGUACCAGCCAUUUUUAUGCAAAUAUGUCAUUUGUGAUACCAUACCUAAGAAGAACAUUGUAUAUUAAGGAUUUUAAUAAAAAUUUGAAAUUUUUUUCGUUUCUUUUAAGACAGAAACUGUCGUCCAAAAAAUAUUAUCAACAAUUGAAUAUGAUCAGGAGGUCUUACAGUAUGUAAAAUAUCUUAUUAGGGCUACUCACAUGUAAAACAGAUAAAAUGGUGAGUGUUUGGGUCAAUAGGAACUUUUGAACCCCAACCAUGCAUAGAAUUUGAAAGAUUACUUAUUAUAUGUCUUCAGCUAAACUUAGAAAACAACCCCAAUGUAAAGCUAUUGUUUAACAAUUGUAAGGGGAGAUAAUUGACAAACCUAUGCAAGUGCCUAGACAUUAAUGUUAUCAUAUUUUUUUCUUUUGAUUUAUAAUAUGUGCCAUAUGAUUGUUGUAUGACAAUGUAUAUGUAGAAAUAUAUGAACUUGUGUUUUGAUUAAUGAUUCAUUUUGUUUACUGAUUAACACAAUUUCAUAAACUCAUAUUUAUAUAUCCUGUGUUUGUCCAUAAUCCCCCAAUUUUUUACUAGCAUGGCAUUUUCAUUAGUGACUUCAACUACAGCUUGGUUGUUCUAAGAAGUCAUAUUUCAGAUAAACACAUGAAUCAUUAGAUCACCAACUCAUAUGCUGUGCUUGAAUAAUUUAUUAUGGAACAAAAUAAUAGUUGUCAUGGAUAACUUUUGUUAGGAAUAUUAAUUGACAUCCUUAAUCUUACAAAUUCUUCUUAUUCAGUGUGAUUGAAAUACUAAUAAACAUCUUUAAAUUACCUUGAUUUAUAUAGAUUAUUGGAUUUUCUUCACAUCGAUGUUGUAAAAUACACAUGAUGAACCUUUUUUUGGCAAGUAAUAGUAGAGAACUAUCCAAAAAACCUUACAUUGUGUAUAGUGACUGAUUUUUUACAAUAUCUAUACUCAGAAAACCUGAUAAUCUGUUUAUCAUGCUAUUUCUGGUUUUUUUUCCUUCCUUAAGACAGUUUUGCGUGUGACAAAAGUAAGCUUGAUAACUACUCGUCACACAUUGUGACGUCACUGAUAAGCUCUGCUCAUGUCUCAAAGCCGUGAUACAAGAAUUAAGGAGCGACUGAGCAGGGUGAUAUAGGCAAAGGGAAGCGCAAUAAUUGUAGUUAUUGGCAUGAUAUUUUCUGGUUGACCUUAAUUAUGAACUGUAAAGUUUUCAGGCAGAGUUUUUUGCUGAAUUUUGGACUUCAGAUGGUUGAAAACAACAUCUUAUGGUAUAUGGUUAUCUUUCUGUUGUAUUAUUAUUUUUACUUCUGAUUAUUAGAAAUUUGUAUCUAAACUUUACUAUUUUAACAUGGAGUUUGAGUGAUUCAUUUGCAUAAAGGUAUUUUUUAUAUUCAGUGACUAUUCAAUGUCAAAAUAAUGAAUUUAUACAUAUAUUAUAUAUAUAUAUAUAUAUAUCAGUUGAUGAACAUAGAAAACAGUUUUCGUGCCACACAUACCAUUACAAUGAAUUUAUUCCACAGAACCAUCAGUUUGAAUAUGCUUUUAAAGUUGUAUUGAAGUCUAUAUUAUUGUAUGAUGAAUAAAUAAAUGAAUAUAGUUUG